ACACAUCCAAGUCAAUGAGCAGCACCGCGGAGAUGUCCGCCUUUUAGUCCAGUCUUCCAGGAAGAGAAUUAACCAACGCGUCGCCGAAAUGUAGAGCACAGCACCAACAGAAAACAAAGAACUUUCACGCGUUUAUGAUGAACAUGGUCAUAUAAUGGAUUGAUAACAAACCUUAAACGUAUUUAUUACGUGGCCCGUAACCCUCCAAGUCAGGGAGUCGGGUGUGGGUGUUUUUUCUGGUUUAUUUCAAAGAGGAGAACGGGAAAAGGAAAGUGGGAAGAGGAGAACUUCCUGAAUUUAGCGAGACAUGUCAGAAUCCCCAUCGCAGAUCAUAACCAAGCAGGAGAGGAGCUCAUUCAGUCCUUCCUCCGCGAGCCCCCUGCCAAACUCCACUUCCUCCCCCGUCCAUGCUCCCACAGCCAGGCCAGCCAGCCGAAUGGAGGACGAGCCUGCCAGGCUGCCCGUGCACCUGCGCCUGCAGCCGGUGUUCUGGAGCAGGGAGGACGUGGGCCAGUGGUUGCGCUGGGCCGAGAGGGAGUUUGCCCUGCGUCCCAACACCAGUGGCAGUUUCCAGAUGAACGGCAAGGCCCUGCUCCUCCUCACCAAGGAGGACUUCCGCUACCGGUCGCCCCACUCCGGGGACGUCCUGUACGAGCUGCUGCAGCACAUCCUGAAGCAGAGGAAGCCGCACGCCUCCUACCCCUCCGCCUACUUCCCCGGCAACUCCUUCCACCCUCUGCCAGAGGGAGCUCUCCAGCACCACAAACUGGAAGAAACGGUACGGCGAACACCACGUGGUACAGAGCCCCAACCCCAGCACCCACCCACCAUUGAGCUCCGACACCGCUCCCGCUCGCCUCCCCGCCUCUCCCCCCUGGACCCCAACUACCCACGCCCUGGUGCCGAGGACCACCUCCAGACGUCCUCCCAGCUGCCCGACAGCAACCACCACCUGCCAGAGGACUUGUACACUCUGUCGGUGUCCCCUGCUGCCCCUAACGGCCGCUGUGCCACGCCCCGCGAAGCCCCCUGCCCAGGCAGCCCCGGGUGCCAGGACGCUGCCCCCCCUCGUGUCAUCCAGCUCAUGCCCAGCGCCAUCAUGCACCCCCUGCUGCUUAGCCCAGGGAGAGGAGGUGUCGCUGGAGACUUCAGGCACGGUCGUGGGGGGCCACCACUUCAGGCCCCCCAUGAAAAUGGGCGUGAGGGGAAGGGCCACAUCCAGCUGGCACUGGCCCACCACCAGCAGCACGCUCUACAUCAGCAGGAGGAGGCGCUCUACAGGAACCACCACGUCAUUGUGCCCGUCUCGCCACCAGAGGAACAGGCAAUGCCCAUUGGACGGAUAGCAGACUGCAGGCUGCUGUGGGACUACGUCUACCAGCUCCUCUCAGACAGCCGGUACGAGAACUACAUCCGCUGGGAGGACACAGAGACCAAAGUCUUCCGCAUCAUGGACCCCAACGGCCUGGCUCGCCUGUGGGGGAACCACAAGAACAGGACCAAUAUGACGUACGAGAAGAUGUCACGAGCACUGAGACACUACUACAAACUGAACAUUAUCAGGAAAGAGCCAGGACAGAGACUCUUAUUCAGGUUCAUGAAAACCCCAGAUGAGAUUAUGAGUGGACAAACUGACAGGCUGGAGCACAUAGAGUCGGACACAGACGAUCAAAUCUACAUCAAAGAGGAAUGCUGAGGCCUCUGGGAAAUGGAGUCCACUAAAGCGAUGAACUACUACAGCCGCUGAUGCCUUUCAGAAAGCUGCUCGAACAAUCGUUUCAAACCAAGAGCACCCGGACAUUCACUCUAUCCAAAACUCAGAGGAACUUGAUGGUGACGUCUCUAGAUUGCCUUUUAAAACUUUAUAAGAUUUUCUUUCCAGACAAAUCUUAUCAGUUGUUUUCUGUCUUAAUGCAAGGAGUUCAAAGGACCUGGUGAAAAGUAUAUCUCAUAAGACAUUCCUUUUCCCUGAACUGCCACAGCAAAUCAAUCAUUUCAUGCUUGUCAUGUCAUACAUUGUUGAUUUUUCUUCCCCAUGUGUGCAUUAACUAUAAGAAAAUGUUGCAAUUUGUGCAACUAAUGGGAGGGGGUGUGUAGCUGGAACGUUUUCACCACAGAAUAAAUCUUUUUGAUCAA